AUGGGUGGAAAAGGAAAGUCCAUGGGCGGCAAAGCUGGACCCAUGAAAGAUGGCCGCACAGCCAUCUCGCAUUCGGCUCGUGCGGGGUUGCAGUUUCCUGUUGGUCGUGUUAGGAGGUUCUUGAAGCUGAGGACGCAGAAUAAUAUGAGGGUUGGAGCUUCGGCCGCCAUCUACUCCACUGCCGUCCUCGAAUACCUCACUGCAGAAGUCCUCGAACUCGCCGGUAACGCCGCAAAAGAUCUCAAAGUCAAACGUAUUACCCCCCGUCACCUCCAACUCGCGAUCCGUGGUGAUGAGGAGCUGGAUACCUUGAUUCGGGCAACGAUCGCGAGCGGAGGUGUGUUGCCGCAUAUUCACCGGGCGAUGCUUGGGAAGGAGGGAGAGAAGAAGAAGCAGUUGUAG